AUGGACGUGGAAGCUGAAAUCCUGUCUGAGUGGAAAUGCCUGCUGAGCCCCUCUGGAGAAUUUUCAGAGCUUCAACACCAAGCCGCCUCUCCUCAGUCCCAAAUGGAUUCCACGUGCUCCUCACCCGAGAUGAGCUAUCCUAACAGGCGUCGGGACAUAAAGGAUUUCUCCUCCUUGGACUUCUCGGAGCGCGAAGUGGCUUCAACGGCGCAAAGAUCAAGCAAGUCCAAAAUGUCCACCAAACGACGCAUGAAGGCCAGUGAGAGGGAGAAGAUGCGGAUGAGAAGUCUGGCAGAGGCUCUCCACCAGCUGCGCGACUACCUUCCACCGGAUUACAACCAGAGAGGCCAGCCCCUGACCAAGAUCCAGACACUGAAAUAUACAAUUGAAUACAUAAACAAGCUUUCAGACGUCCUGGGCCGUGCGUAA